UUAGGGUUUGGGUUUAUUUAAUUAUUUAUUACAGGAAUGAAAAGGGCAAAGGAAGAAGAGGGCUCGAUCUCCAUGGACAGAAUAUCCUCCUUGCCAAAAGAGAUCCUGCAGAGAAUUCUGUAUCUCCUCACCCAAGAAGAAGCCACCGGAACCUCGAUUCUGUCGAAAUCGUGGCGCCACGUUUGGCGCACUCGCCCCAAUCUCGUUUUAUCCGACGCCGAUUACUUCAAAGACAAGGGACAAGAAUUCCUAUCCGUCGUCGACGAGACGCUGCAGGGGUACCUCGAUCAAGGGGUGUGCCUGGAGGAAAUCCACCUUUGCAUGUCGAACCACGUGUCGGUUCCGCUUCUCGAGAAAUGGAUCCCGAGACUGGAACCGAUGGGCGUGCACGAUUUCCGUCUCUACGUUAUUUCGAGACGUGAAGUUGGGGAAAUCGUAGAUAUUCCCGUAGUCUUCGAAGCCGAACCCCUCACGCUUUUGUUUGUGUUUAAUUGCGAUUUGGGAAGAAAUGUUCCCGAGAAUAUACGGUUUGUGCGUCUACAAGUACUUCACCUCAAAAACGUCGUGAUCGAGCAAGAGAUUUUCGAUAAGAUAGCCUCGAGCUGCGGUUCGCUUACCGAUAUGUGGUUCGAAGAAUGUAAAGGGUUGACAAAUAUAAAGUUGGACAAUGAGCUUCACAAAAAUCUCAAGAACUUCACAUUUAUUAAUCACAUCGCCUAUAGUAAAGACGAAUGCAUGAUCGAAGUCGGUGCCCCGUCUCUCGAAAUGGUCAAGAUUUACGGCAGCAGGAUUCGGUUUCUCGGCCACGAGUUCUGUAAUCUCAAGUCUUUAUGUAUAGCGAACGCGGUACUCUCUAGCGAUUUGGUCGAAGAAUCUCAGGUGUUUUUUAUCGAUGCCCCGAACAUGGAAGUUUACGAGUACACGGGACCCGUUAUCCCGUACGUGUCUUUCGCACCGACUUCCGGGAAGUCGACUUUGAGGCUGUAUAUGCGGGACGACGACGCGGAAGAUGCGCAGUCGUGGUUCCUACGGCUGAGUAAAUUGCUCCAGGGUUUACGAAAGUCCGAAAUUUGUCUGAAAAUAUUUCAUCUCGCCCGUUUCGAUCUGCGCAUCGAAGAAGGCAUUUUAAUGCGCGACGCGAUUAGUGGUGGUAAUAAGCCGGUUGUGGUGGAGAAUUUUAUACUGGAGAUCAAUCAUUUCUCCGCGUUUCCGUUUGUAUUAAAUGGUUUGUUUUGUAUUUGUCGUCCGAAAAACGUAACUCCGCACAGAAGUUGCUACAAAGAAACGGAACUGGAGGAACUCAGUGAGUUUUUCCGCAAAAUCAAAAAGAUGAUAGAUAGCGGAAACCGAGAAAUCUGGCGAGAUUUGGAGGGGUUAACCGUCGAACGUUUUAAUCGGGUUCAACAAGAAUGGCAACCUGUAAUUAAUGUGGCGAAGUUGCCGGAAUCUAUGUUUAAGGAAUUUCGGGUUCGAUUGAAAUGGAGUGAUCGAGAUUAAAUGGCGUUCGGUUCGACCCGGAAAGCAUCUUCACUAGCGAAGGCAAGACCGUAAUCCAGAAUUUUAUGAAGCUGAUUGAGAGUAAAGAAAGCUGAAUCCGACGAGUGUAAUGUUGUAUGUGUGAAAGGGAAAUUACAUUUUCAUAGUCGAAUUUUUCGUCAAUAUUUUUAUAAUGACUUCCUUAUCUUCCGAGACUGAGAAAUCGAUCUCUUGGGAAAAUUGUUGAAUUGUUUUUUAAGACAUAUAUGUUGAUUAGCUUGUUGUUUAUUAUGACAAUUUCUUGAUCCAUUAUGGUUUAUUUCUAAUGAUAAAAUACAUUGUUAUAUA